GCCCUCCCGUUACCCACCGUUCCAGUCCCAGAGGCCAAAGCCAAAUCCAGCCAAAUCUACCACAAAUCUAACCCCCAUCCCAUCCUGCCGUUCGCCCUCCGCAACCAACCCUCAGCGUCGCCGUUCCAAGCGUAAACAAUACCAUACGACGGAGCUACAGAUUCGGCAUUCUUGAAAGCGCGCUACAGUACCUGAUACCCAUUUGCCGCGCCGGGUCGUCGAUACGAUCCCGUCUCCCUGGACCGCGUCGACCAGUACAUAUUUGUCGCCUUCGACCCGUUUUUACAACCACUGUCCAAUCGCUCGCCGCCCCAGCAAUCUGCCCGUGACUGACGACGACGGCGACGAUGAAGGAACUACUGGACACGGACCGAGUGAACUAUCUCGUUUGGAGAUAUCUACUCGAGUCCAACUAUCGAGACACUGCUGCCAAGCUCCAGAAAGAAUGGCGAGUGCAGGCUCCCCACAGGAAAUUUGACUUUGCAAAGCAUGUGCACACGUACGCGCUGGUGUCCUUGUUGAACAAGGGCCUUAUCUAUGAAGACUACCAAAGGAAAUUCGCGGAAGCCAACCAGGACACCCGUGAAGGGCAAGCAGCAGCCGAGAGCGCCCGCGGUGUGUUCGGGCCUCUCAAGUUUGAACCAACACCCAAUGAAUCGGCGGAGGAUAUGGAGGAGGAAGAUGAGUCGGAAGCUGAGACCGAGAUUGAGAAUGGAAAUGCGCGAAAACGCGGGAGUGAGCGGCCGCAUCAUGUUUUGCGCAACGGAACGCCAGCAAAGCGACAAAGGCUGAGCAAUGGCAACGAGAACGGAAAUGGGGCGGAGUCAGCCACGACGCCCAUGGAAAUCGACUCUCACGCAGACAACAGCAGCAGCAGCAACAACAAUAACAACAGCAACAACAAUAACAACAACAACAACAACUCGAGUAGCAGCAAUGUCAACAACAACCAUGCCUACCCGUCGCCCCUGGAGGGUGAGCAGGCCGCAUCUCCACCACCACGCACCGAGGGCCCAGAGAAGGGCACGCAGACAGAAGAGCCGCUAGAUCUCACGCCGGCAACGGUAUUCCUGCGCAUGGGCGCCGACGAGAGCACAGAAUCAGAACUAUCAACAAGCCAGGACCAGAUGGCCGAAAAUCCGAUUGCUUCGCCGCUGGCGCUGUUCUGCGAGUGGAACCCCAGCAACCCAUCCAUCUUGGCGGUUGCCGGGACCGAGGCGCUAGCCCGUCUUUGGACUCUCUCGCGUGGAGACGCCCCAGUGGCCGACUUCCCUGCAGGUCACGUGGACGACCGCACGGCCCCCCCUUUCACGCUCAACUCCAGCUUCUCCAGCCUCACCGAGCAGGACGUCCUCAAGUCGUCAACCGUCUCGUCACUUGCCUGGAAUACCGACGGUACUGCCAUUGCUCUGGCUGUGGAUCAUGGGGGCAAGUCGCGUGUCAGCAUCUGGGAUGUCAAUGGCUCGCCUAUCCACCGCUUCGAUGGCGUCGACCCUCCCGUCAUCAAGUUGCGUUGGAGCCCUAACAAAGACUUGAUUUUGGGCGUUAGUCUCGAUAGCCGCGGCAUAAUGGUCACUGUGUUCUCGCUCUCGACCGCAAACUCGGUCUCACACCUCCUUGAACGCACUCUCGACGAUAGUGUUCUCGAUGUUUGCUGGGUUAGCGAAACUGAGUUUGUAAUUUGUGGAGGUGAUUGCUUGGUCGCCCUGCGCUAUGAAGAGAAGGGCAUCGCACCUGGCAGAGAGUUCGACACCAACAAGGACGAGAGUUUCAGUCAGAUCAAAUACGACGCAAAGACGGGGCUUAUUGCUACUGCCACUGAAAAAGGCGUCAUACAUAUUUGGGACCAAGCGGGUCAACGGCGGUCCAUCAGCGCCCAUAUCGGAAACAUCACCGGUCUUUUAUGGCAGCCCUUGGACCGCGAGCCGGAGGAAGAUGAAAGAUUGCUUGCGUCCAGUGGGGAAGAUGGCGCCAUCUGCAUAUGGAACGUGCGCAACGCUGACAACAAGGCAAAGUACUCGAUGACGAUGGCCGAUCAGAUUGCUAGCAUCGCAAUGACCCCCGACGGCACUUAUAUUGCCGGAGCAACCGCGGACAGGGUCUUGGUGUGGAAGCUUGAUGAUCCAACGGUGCCUUACGCGAGCUGGAACAAGGAAUCCCAUCCGGGAUGGAGGAGCCCCAAAACAGGCGCAGAAGCUGACGAGAUUCUCGCACCCUGCCUUGGCUGGGAUGCAGAGGGAGGAAAGCUGGUCUAUGGCCUAAAUAGUCGGCUUGCUGUCAUCAACUUUCGCUAGGCGCGACUUAAGGAUGGCCUUAAUGAACUUGCGCUGGCCCUUGACGAGGUCGGUCUGAAUGCUGACGAAUCUAACGUGUACUCGUCCACGACCUCGACUCAGGCCUCAUAUGUGGCCUCCGAGGCUCUGAGGCCAGCUCGUGAUUCCGCUUCGGUCUGCGCAGCUUGGCGGUGGCCCUUAGGUCUUGAUCCUUAAUCGCUUCGAUGUCACGAGAAGCGCGAAACGCGAGGCGGGUCUGUUAGGCGUCGAAAUGACGUUCCUAGUCGCAUCCGUUGUUCGAGGACCAUAUUGCAUCCAGUUGUUCCGCCCAAGCUCGCUGCCAGCAGUGCUUGCCAGCAUCGCAUGAGGAUGGCCUUUCAGCGGUGAUUGUGGUUCUCGACCCGGUAACUAUGUUACCUCCACGAGCCGUUUGUCAUUAUUGGAUAGGAAUAUUGUUAGGCGCCGCAUCGGAGAGUGGCAGCCCGAGGCUGCUAUGAGCUAUGGCAAGGAAAGGCUGCGCAUACGAACAACCGUUGCAGACAAACAGGAGGGGCGUGCUUAGGCCCUACGCAGGUCGAAAUGCCUGCCAUCAAUGCACCAUAGUCAAAGGAGGCGACAUGGACAUUGAGGCCGGCUGCCCUGUAACACCCGUGUUCUCAUGGUACGACCCAGAGGCGAGCGAAAGUGAAUGGAAGCGGAGACCGCCGAUGAGGAUAUUUUUUCCGGUAGCGCGGAUCUCCGCAACAUGAUUACGGUUCCGCACCUCUUUUUAAGCCCACCGCUGAUGUGAAAACCCGCAUCUUUGAACAGACCUGCUCUUCCCACCGCGAGUCCACAAUACUUUCGACGCGGUGCUCACCAAUGCAUGGGUGAUUGGUGUUACCACCUACAGACAAUGACUCCUGGAUAAUCACUGUCUCGAGACCACCCAAGAAACCCGCCAAAGUUCAUUUCCGUUGCAGUUUCAAUAUACACAACAGUUACCAUCCUUUCCGUUUUCUUAUCAUCGGGGCAGCGUGUAGCUGCGACACGCCGGACGGCGUCUUUUUUUGGCUACACAGUAUUUCCUUUUCGUUAGGCAACAAAACUAUUUGAGUUAAAACAAUGCGCCCGCAGGGAAGACGGGCGAGACCAAACCGAGUCCCCCCCAAAAAGUAAGGCAAUGGAUGGCGACAAGAACAAUCUGAUUUGCGAAUGGCAAUGCUUGGUUUCCCGGAACAGCAUGUAUGCACGCGAUGAAGGAUGGUGAUCUGGCGAACCGGUUUGUUUGUUUGUUUGUUUGUUUGUUAUUGUAGUGGGCUAGAAAACUGGAUAUCUAGGUAUCUGUAUACACUUGUAUGAAGACCUCGACAUGCAAAGGAUCAAUUA